AUGAGUCAAUAAGAAUAUAAAUGGAAUGAAUUAUUAUGGAAACCAAUUGUUAGACCUCCAAGACAUUGUUAUAAUCUUAAAGAUCUUGGAAAUGAAAUAUUUAAAGUCAAAGAUACAAUAACAAAAAGAACAGACUUUGAAAUACAUAAUAAUCGAAAUUAGAAAUUAUAAUGUAGGUUAGAAUACUCAUUCUAUAUAGUUUAUUUGAACCUGUAAGAAUGUAAGAUAAACCUCAUCCUUGUAUGAUAUAUUUACAUGGUAAUUCAAGCAGUAGAAUUGAAUCAUUCACUAUUAUUGAAUAUUUAAUUCCAGCAAACAUUUCAGUUUGUGGUAUAGAUUUAUCUGGUAUCUUAAAUUAAGUGAAUAAGGUUCUGGAUUAUCAGAAGGUGAAUAUAUCUCUUUGGGAUAUCAUGAGUCUAAAGAUGUUAUUUGUUUAUAUGAUUAUUUAAGAGAAAAUAAAGUAAUUAUUUAAUAAUAUAUAAGUUUCAUAGGGAUAUCUUACAUCUAUUGGAAUAUGGGGUAGAUCAAUGGGUUCUGUGACAGCCAUCUUAGCAGCCCAUUAUAACUAUGAAUUUAAAGUAUUAGUUUGUGAUAGUCCAUUCUCUAAUUUAACAUUAUUAUGCUAAGAAUUAGCAAAAGCAAAUUACAAAAUUCCAAAUUGUUGUUUUAAUUGUUUUUGGUGCUAUGUCAAAUCUAAAAUAAAUUAAGAAGUUAAAUUUAAUAUUGAUGAAUUAAAUAUAGUUCAAAUCAUAUAAGGUAAUAAAUAAAUAAUACUUAGUUUUACCCUAGGAUGUUCAAAUAUUAUUUUUAUCUGCUCAAUAAGAUGAUUUGAUAAGAGAAAGUCAUCCUAAAUUGUUAAUGAAAUUAUUUCGUGGACAUAAUAAGGAAUUAUUUAGUUUUGAAGGUACACAUAAUUCAAGGAGACCUGUCAAAAUAUUGGAAGAAUCUGUUUAAUUUGUAUGUAAAGCAUUUGGUUAAAGAGCAUGGACUGAACUUUAGAUAUAAAACACUACCAAAUACUCAUAAACUUAAUUAUCUAAAUAAUAUCCAUUAUUAAGAGGAGACCGAAAAAGUGUCUAACCCUAUAUAGAAAAAGGUGAUUAUUAAUGA